ACUGUGACCAUGCCAUACUAUCUAACCGUAGGGACGCCGAAAAUGUAAAUAAUGAAAAAACUUAAAACAUUUAAAACUGUGAUAAAAGACGGUAAGGUAAUUUUCAAUAAUCCAGUUCAAAUAUUUCGAACUGAUUACUUCCGUGAGCUGCUAGGUUCCCAUACAAUUUUCAAUUCUGUAAACAAUCAACAAACUUAUCGAAUGUGAAAAUUCGUAUGAAAUUUCAAACGGAAAUAUCAAGAUUUAAACCAUGUCAGUAGUUCUUGAAACUACCAUUGGGGAUUUGACAAUAGAUUUAUUUACACAAGAAAGACCUCAUUCUUGCAAAAAUUUUCUGAAGCUAUGUAAAUUAAAAUACUACAACUUUUGUCUUUUUCAUCAUGUACAAUCAAAUUUUGUGGCUCAAACAGGCGAUCCUACAGGUACUGGAUCUGGAGGACAAUCUGUAUAUGGAAUUUUAUCUGGUAAAGAUGCAAGAUACUAUGAAGGAGAAAAAAAACCAAAAAUCAAACAUGAUCGGCCUGGACUUGUUUCAAUGGUUAAUUGUGGCGAUAAUUUAAUUGGAUCACAAUUCUUUAUAACUUUAGGCGAAGAUACAACUUGUUCGUUAGAUGAACAUAUUGUUUUUGGUGAAAUAGCCGAAGGUAAUGAUGUUUUAUUAAAAUUGAAUGAGACAAUUUGUGAUGUGACACAUCGACCAUAUCAGGAUAUAAGAAUAACUCAUACAGUUAUCUUGGAAGAUCCAUAUUCUGAUCCUGAUGGUUUAAUUGUACCAUGUCAAUCUCCUGAGCCACCAUUAGAAGUACUCCAGAGUGAUAGAAUUGGAGCAGAUGAAGACAUCACUGAAGAUAUAGAUAUUGAAGAAUUGGAAGAAAAACGAUUAGAAAAGGAAGCUUUAGCUCGUGCUACCAUUCUUGAAAUAGUGGGUGAUUUACCUUCUGCUGAUAUUGCACCUCCUGAAAAUGUUUUAUUUGUGUGUAAACUAAAUCCAGUUACCAGUGAUGAUGAUUUACAAAUAAUAUUUAGCAGAUUUGGCAAAAUUGUCAGUUGUGAAGUUAUUAGAGAUAAAAAGUCUGGGAAUUCUCUACAAUAUGCUUUUGUUGAAUUUGAUAAUCAAAAAUCAUGUGAAGAUGCUUACCUGAAAAUGGACAAUGUGCUAAUUGACGAUCGCCGAAUCCAUGUAGAUUUCAGCCAAAGUGUAUCAAAAAUUAAAUGGUUAGGGAAAGGACGUGGAGUAAAGUACACUGAUAAAGAUGAUGAAGGAAAAAAUAUAAGUGAUAAAUAUUCUAAAAACAGAAAUAAGAAAAGAGAUAGCUAUGUAUCUAGAAAUAAUUACAAUAAAGAUAAAAUGUCAACUCAUGAAUCAAAACAUUAUAGAAAAGAUGCUGAAAGCCACAGAUAUCGAAAAAGUGAAAAAGAAGAUAAGUUACCCUAUAACAAGUAUAGGAGAAUGGAAAAAGAUGAAGACAGAAGACGUGAUAAUUAUGAUAAAACAAGAAAAAAUUACAGAAAUGAAGGAGAAAGGAAAAAUGAUAGAAAAGAAAGAGAUGAAAAAAGAGAAAAGGAUGACAAAAAUAAAAGAAGUAAUAGAGAUGAUAGAGAUAAAAGAAGUGAUAGAGGCGACAGAACCAAAAAUGAUAGAUAUGAUAGGGGUAGCCGUAGAUAAACCUGACUAUUAAAUAAUGAAUAUGGCAAAAAAUUGUAGCUAUUAAAGCUAUAUAUUGACAGGAGAUUGCUAAAAUUGUAAAUUACUUUAAAUAUAAAAUAUUUAUAUAUUUUAAUUA